ACGGCUUAUCCAUAUCCAUUUGUUCCAGGCUCGAGCACUCCGUUCUCCCGGGUCUCCGGUGCUGCUCCCGCCGCAGCCGGACACCCGAACGCGAAGCUCCAACUCUCCAAUGCUCCCCUCGUCUCGUUACCUCCUCGCCCCGGCCCCACUUCCCGCCAUGGUGGUACGGCCACCGCCGCCGCAUCCACCGAGCCGCGGAACUUCCCCUCUCGCUCGGCCACCAUUGUGCCGCGCCAUGGCGCGGGCCGCCCCCUCGCUCUCUGCCGCGGCCUCGACGGCUGCCUCCUCCUCGACGACUCCUGCCAAGAAGAAGGUUCUCUUGCCCAUCGCCAUGGGCACGGAGGAGAUGGAGGCAGUCAUCCUUGCCGGUGUACUCCGCCGAGCCGGCGCCGACGUGACGCUGGCAUCCGUGGAGGACGGCCUCGAGGUGGAGGCCUCGCGUGGCUCCCACAUCGUUGCUGACAAGCGCAUUGCCGCUUGUGCAGACCAGGUGUUCGACCUCGUGGCUCUCCCGGGUGGAAUGCCUGGUUCAGUGCGGUUGAGAGACAGUGUGAUCCUUCAGAGGAUCACAGUUAGACAGGCUGAGGAAAAAAGAUUGUAUGGUGCUAUAUGUGCUGCACCAGCUGUUGUUCUCAUGCCGUGGGGCCUCCACAAGAGAAAAAAGAUCACUUGUCACCCAUCCUUUAUAGAAGAUCUCCCAACAUUCCGAACUGUUGAAUCAAAUGUUCAGGUGUCUGGAGAGCUAACAACAAGCCGUGGACCAGGGACAGCAUUUCAGUUUGCUUUAUCAUUUGUAGAGCAGUUGUUUGGGCCUUGUAAAGCUGAAGAUAUGGACAACACUUUGUUGACAAAGGUUGACGAUAAUCUUGAAAGAAGUAUUGAAGUCAACGAAAUUGAGUGGUCUUCUGAUCACAAUCCUCAUGUUCUCAUUCCAAUUGCAAAUGGUUCAGAAGAGAUGGAGAUAAUAAUGUUGACGGAUGUUUUACGGCGAGCAAAUGUAAAUGUGGUGUUGGCAUCAGUUGAAAAAUCAACAAGUAUUGUCGGGUCCCAAAGGAUGAGGAUUGUUGCUGAUAAAUGCAUUUCAGAUGCUUCUGCCUUAGAAUAUGAUCUAAUUAUCCUUCCUGGAGGACCUGCCGGAGCUGAGAGACUGCACAAGUCCAGUGUUCUUAAGAAAUUACUCAAGGAACAAAAGCAAACAGGCAGGAUGUAUGGUGGGAUCUGUUCUUCUCCUGUGAUCUUGCAGAAGCAGGGUUUACUCCAGGAUAAAACAGUGACAGCUCAUCCUUCCAUAGUCAAUCAGCUCACGUGUGAAGUUAUUGAUCGAUCAAAGGUUGUGAUUGAUGGAAAUUUGAUUACCGGGAUGGGGCUUGGGACGGUCAUUGAUUUUUCGCUGGCUAUUAUUAAAAAAUUCUUUGGCCAUGGACGAGCCAAAGGCGUGGCAAAUGGCAUGGUUUUUGAGUAUCCCAAGAGCUGAAACACCUAAAAUAUAUCUGGCACUCUGUAAUACGCAGACGUGAGACAUUUAGUUGUGCUACAAGUAUAUUGCAGUAGCUACGCUUGAGACAAAGGUCACCGGUGCUCUUCGUCUUGCUGUUUUAUGGGCCUUCAACUCUUCUUGAGACAACAACAUAUUCCUCUGUUGCGUCAUUGGACAUCUGGACGGAAAUCAUUCCACUAUAUUUGUUGGGAUGGACCAUUUACAUUGAGAAGAUUCGGUGGAGGUCAAUUCAUCUCGAUAUGAUCUGUUGGCACAUUACGACACAGGUUGAUUACUAACUGGAUCUAAAUAUUGCAACUGAUCAAGUGAUGAUAACCUUCUGCUUGACGGAUGCGCUUUUAGAAGAAACCCAUCAUGUUCAGUGGGGCUUCCAAGGACCUGAAGCCCUUUUGAUGUUGCUCUUAUGCCCAGCUAUCCAAUCUGAUAGUAGAGACUUCCAGCCUGCGACAAACCAAUUUAGCUUCAAAAUUCAGAUCUUUUUUCAGCAAUUUUGUUGCCUGAAUUCUGAAGUUAACUGGCAAUGUAGUACAAUGGAUUCCCUCAAUUUGCUCGAUAGUUGAUCAGAUAAUUUGCUCGAUAGUUGAUCAAAUAUUUGUUGCAACAAACAUGCUCACAUAGCGUAUCCACUUCCUUUUUUGCCCCGUUA